GCAGAGAGGAUUGAUUGAAGUACAGAUCCAUCGGAGAAGAAGACAGAGGUAGAGAAAGAAAGAAAGAGAUUGAGGAUCAAUGACUUCGAGGUACUGGGUGGUAUCUCUGCCAGUGAAGGAAUCUGCUUCUUCCUUGUGGAAUCGUUUACAGGAGCAGAUCUCCAAGCAUUCAUUUGAUACUCCAGUUUAUCGGUUCAACAUUCCUAAUCUUCGGGUUGGAACCUUAGAUUCUCUACUCGCCCUCGGCGAUGAUCUGCUAAAGUCAAACAGCUUUGUGGAAGGAGUCUCGCAAAAGAUCAGGAGACAGAUCGAAGAAUUGGAGAGGAUUUCUGGUGUGGAGAGCAACGCCCUUACAGUUGAUGGAGUUCCUGUAGAUUCUUAUCUCACCAGGUUUGUCUGGGAUGAAGCUAAGUAUCCAACAAUGUCACCUUUGAAGGAGGUCGUGGACAAUAUUCAGUCUCAGGUUGCGAAGAUUGAGGAUGAUCUCAAGGUUCGUGUCGCUGAAUAUAAUAAUAUCCGCGGUCAACUCAAUGCCAUUAACCGAAAGCAGAGUGGAAGCUUAGCUGUUCGUGAUCUCUCAAGCUUGGUUAAGCCAGAAGAUAUAGUCGCUUCAGAACAUCUCGUGACUCUCCUUGCAGUUGUUCCAAAGUAUUCCCAAAAGGACUGGCUAGCAUGUUACGAGACAUUAACCGAAUAUGUGGUUCCUAGGUCUUCGAAGAGAUUGUUUGAGGAUAAUGAGUAUGCUCUUUACACUGUCACUCUCUUUACUCGUGUUGCAGACAAUUUCAGGACAAGUGCCCGUGAGAAAGGGUUCCAAGUCCGUGAUUUUGAACACAGCGCUGAAGCACAAGAGACUCGCAAACAAGAGCUAGAAAAGUUGGUUCAGGAUCAAGAAAGUUUGAGAACCUCUCUUUUGCAGUGGUGCUACACCAGUUAUGGAGAGGUUUUCAGCUCCUGGAUGCAUUUCUGUGCUGUUCGUAUCUUUGCUGAGAGCAUUAUGAGAUAUGGGUUACCUCCGGCGUUCUUGGCAUGUGUCUUAUCUCCGGUUGUGAAAAGUGAAAAGAAAGUACGCUCCAUUCUUGAACGCUUGUGUGAUUCUACCAACAGUUUAUACUGGAAAAGCGAGGAGGACGCAGGAGCCAUGGCUGGAUUAGCCGGUGACUCCGAGACACAUCCUUAUGUCUCCUUCACAAUCAACCUUGCUUAAAAUUGAUGAGGGAUGGCUUGAUGCUUUUUCUCUGUCUCUGCCUUCAUCUGUUAUAUUUGUUUAUGUUCUAUAUAUUUCAUUUUUUCCGUAAUAUAUUAUGAUUUUCAAAAUAAAAGAAGGAAAAAUGACGCACUCAGGAGAGAUGUUACUGUAAUUUUAUUUGGCCGGAGUCUUUUUAGAUUCCGAUGAGUUGCUGAUACAUGUGGAGGAGAAUUAUACUGUUGUUAAAGCCCUUUUUGUCAUUUUGUUACUUGGAGUAUUACUCUGUUUCGUUUUUUUUUUGUCUGAAUGACAACAUUAUUGGCUUUUUAUUGGUA